UAAGAUAUAUAACUUUCUUGAAAUCUGUCAAGCGCUUAGCUGACUUUUAAAUAAUUUAAAAAAAAAUUUAAAGUAUCCAGACGGCAUUUUACCACGUGAAGAUAUUCAACGUCGGUUAGUCGAUUAAUUACAUCGUAAAAUGAAGUAUUGCUAUAAUUUCAUUGCCAAUUAGAAAUGGAUCUUGAAUUAAAGGAUUGGCAAUGCGAUGAUGAUGAUCCCUUUGAGUUUACACGAAGGACAGCAUUGUUGUUACGUGGAUUUGGCGCUAAGGAUUUGCUUUUACAGUUUAAAGAGAAAAAUAUUUGUACUACAGACUUACCGUACAUGACGGUGGAGGAUUUAAUGUCACUUGGUGCUGAUCAAACCCUCGCUAAGAAAUUUAGCAAACAAGUAAAAACUUUAAUAAAAAGUAAUAAUGGUUCAGCAUUGGCUUCCGAUGAUAGACAUAAACAGUUUAUUGAAAUACUGAAAAACGGACAGCAACACCUGUCUUUCAUCCAAGCAUUUGUGGCUUAUGCUCGUUUGAGAUUAACAAGAGAGUCACAAGAUUUCUUCAUAGAUUUAAACGAAGGUGUGCGUGCCAGCGAUGCUCUAAGAACAGCAGCAAUGGCUGUAGUUACGGAAAUAGAAGAUGUUGAGUAUGUGCUACGUGAUCUGGGAGCACUUGUUUCAACGAAAGAGAAAAGAUGGAAAAUUCGAUUCACUCUGACAACGUUGGUAACUGGUGUGGGAAUCGCAUUAUUCAUAAUAAUACGCAGAAAAGUGUACUAAUAAGAUUUCUCAAUAGUUUAUAUUUUUGUAUCUUAAAUAAUAUUGAGGAAAAUAUUGCUGUGAGUUACAAAUAAGUAUUAGUAUAUUACUAUGGAUUAUUAAAGCGUAUAUUAUUUUUGAUUUCUUACUGUAA